AUGAUGCGUAGUCCUGCUCAUUAUUCUCCACCACCUCCUGUGCCAGAAGACGGUUUCUUUUCUACUAUGCUUUCUGCGCUUGCUGCAUUAUGUGGUAUCAACAGAAAUCCAAUGCGUAUACGACCAAUAGGCGGCGGUGGUAUUGGUGUUGUUAGUGGUCAUGGUGGUAGUCAUGGUGGUGGUCAUGGUGGUGGUUGUGGUGGUGGUCAUGGUGGUGGUUGCGGAGGAGGAGGUGGUGGUGGUGGUUGUGGAGGAGGAGGCGGUGGUGGUGGAGGAGGAGGUGGUGGUUGUGGAGGAGGAGGCGGUGGUGGAGGAGGAGGAGGUGGUGGUUGUGGAGGAGGAGGCGGUGGUGGUGGCGGAGGAGGUGGUGGUUGUGGAGGAGGAGGCUGA